UAUAGAAGAAACAAAUAACGAAAUCAAGAGGAAAGAAAAACCACUUUACAUGAAACGAAAUCAGACAACUCCAAACCAAAAUUCAAAUUCCUGAUUUCAUCGACAUUCAAUUCAUUUGUUUUCUUAAUCCAGUACAAGUCCUUGGACACUGACUCAGAAAUCUCCCGUUCUGUAAUAGUCUUUUUCUUUUUGUAAUUUUUAAUUUUAGUUCAAAUCGGGUAUUCAGGAGGAAGGAUUUGGUGGUUUUAAGAAAAGGGUUUUUGUUUUUAACAUUAAUUUACAAAAACUAUUUCUCAGAUUCAUCGAAAGAUACAUGUUAGUUGUGACAUCGUGAUGGAAAAUAAUAGGUCUCAGAAAGGAGUUUCUCUAAUUCAGGUUGAUCUCAGUUAUGUUAUUCUUGAUAAGAUUAAGGGUAAGCAAGUAUUUAUAUUGAGAUAGAGAUAGAGAGUCAAAGAGGAGAAAGUGCCUGCCAUGGAUAAUUGUCUUGGCGGGUUUGUUUUGCCUCUUUUGCUUUUGUCAGCUUCUUUACUGAAUUGGAGUUUGAUCUCGCUGGUUGAUUUGUUGACAUUUCUUGUCAUUCAGUUUGCGUAUAAGAAAAUAGGGUUCCGUUUUCGAAGACACACUUUGUUUUCAUGGUGCAUUAUUAUCUUCUCCUUGCUCACUCUCCUAUCUCAUGCAAUAUUUCAUAUUGUUUGCCUUAUCUUGGGGGAGAAAUGGAAUGCUGCCAACUCUUGGUGGGCACAGCUCAUUGGAUUUGUGAGUGUUCAAGCUUGGAGAACUCCGCCUAUAUAUUGUUUCUUGGUCGUACAGCUACUAGUAGCUGUUGCUGCUUUGGUUGAUGCAUAUCUAAGUAGAUUUGACCUACCAGUGCGCACUUCUUCCUGGCAGCGGUUUUCCUCAUCUAUUGAUAAUUUAGGUUCACAUAUCAGGGUUGCUUGCUGCUUAGUAUUACCUGCUGUUCAGCUGGUUGUGGGAAUUAGUCAUCCCUCUUGGAUUUCUUUACCAUUCUUUAUCUGUAGCUGUGUUGGGCUAGUGGAUUGGUCUUUAACCAGCAAUUUUUUGGGCUUAUUUUGGUGGUGGAGGCCUCUUCUUGUGUAUGCAGGGUUCAACAUUGUUCUGCUUUAUGUAUACCAGCUCCCUUUUGAGUGGCCAAAGAUGCUCGAAUUUGUAGCUCAUUUGGUUGGACUUUACAAAGUAUCCGCAAACACUGACUGGCCUCAAAUCACUUCUGCUCUUUCUCUUGUAUUUUUCUACUUCAUGUUAUCAGGUGUUAAAUCUGACCUGGAGGAAAUGAAUUUUAUUAUGUCCAUGCGACAAAGUAGCUUCUCUGAGCCACUUCUUCCUUCAAGACACACAUUUUUUAUUCGUGAAUCAAGAACUGGUGUGAGACACACCAAUGUGUUAUUGUCAGGAGCGGUAUUCCGUACAUUUAGUAUCAACUUUUUCACAUAUGGUUUCCCGGUGUUGUUGGUUGCUCUUUCAUUUUGGAGUUUCAAUUUCACAAGUAUAUGUGCAUUUGGGUUACUUGCGUAUAUUGGUUAUAUACUAUAUGCCUUUCCGUCCUUGUUCCACUUGCACCGGUUGAACGGUUUGCUUCUCGUCUUCAUUCUUCUCUGGGCUGCUAGUACCUAUGUCUUUAAUGUGGCAUUCACAUACCUUAACAAGCUUGGAAAGGACAUGGAAAUUUGGGAAACUGUUGGUUUUUGGCAUUAUCCUAUUCCAGGAUUUUUUCUUCUUGCCCAAUUUUGUCUAGGAUUUCUUGUUUCCAUGGGUAACUUGGUGAACAAUUCAGUUUUCCUUUAUUUGUCCGACGAGGAAAGGACACCUACGCUUGAUGAUACCGUGGAAGAGAAGGAGGAGACAAAAGUGUUGAUUGUAGCCACAGUAGCUUGGGGUCUUCGCAAAUGCUCUCGUGCUAUAUCUCUGGCUUUGAUUCUUCUUCUUGCUCUGAAACCGGGGUUCAUACAUGCUGUAUAUAUGGUUUUCUUUUUGAUGUUUCUGUUGAGGCACACUGUAAGCAGAAAAAUACGCAAAUCCUUGAUUCUUCUGUGCGAGAUCCAUUUUGCACUGUUAUACAUUCUCCGGCUUAAUAUCAUCUCCAAUGCUUUGGAGCGAAAGGGGUCACUGGCAAAGGAAAUCUUGACACAGUUAGGACUCCUAGAUGUUGUUACAUAUUGGGAUUACUUCCAGAUAGCCAUCCUUUUAUUCUUCUGUGCAGUUCACAAUCAUGGGUCUGACUUGCUCUUCUCGUUCUCGUCAAUCGUGCAUUACACCCCAUGUCCACCAGUUGGUUUUAGUAUCUUGAAAGCUGGUUUGAAUAGAUCAGUUUUAUUGUCUGUGUAUGCCUCCGCAGCAGCCAGACAGAGCCAAGUCAACUCUUCAGAUGAGAGGAGGAUAGCGACAUAUCUUACAGCAAUUGGACAAAAGUUUCUGUCAAUGUACCGCUCCUUGGGAACCUAUAUAGCUUUCCUGACGAUUCUCAUCACAGUCUACCUGGUAACACCUAAUUUUAUAUCAUUUGGUUACUUUUUCUUUCUUCUCUUCUGGAUCAUCGGGAGGCAACUCGUAGAGAAGACAAAACGACGGCUGUGGUAUCCCUUGAAACUAUAUGCAAUAGUGGUAUUAGUAUUCGUCUAUAUCUUGAGCAUUUUCCCUAGAUUUCAGACAUGGUUGUCUGAGUGGAUAGAUCUUUAUCAAGAUUUGGGUUUUAAUCCAAAAGCAUCAUUGAUGAAAAAUGUUUGGGAAUCUUUAGCUGUUGUCAUUGUGAUGCAACUUUAUAGCUAUGAAAGGAGGCAAAGUAGGUACCUAGCCGAAGAUCAUGGUCCACUGGAAAGUGGAGUAUUAGGGUUUGCAAGGCGACUCCUAAUUUGGCACUGUGAUAAGAUUUUAUAUGCUGCCAUAUUCUAUGCCUCUUUGUCCCCAAUCAGUUUCUUUGGUUUCUUGUAUCUACUUGGCCUUCUAAUUUGUUCGCUUUUACCCAAAGCUUCUCGAGUACCAUCCAAGCUAUUUCUGUUAUAUACAGGACUUCUGGUGAUAACCGAGUAUCUUUAUCAGAUGUGGGGUAAACAGGCUGAGAUGUUUCCUGGUCAAAAGUACGCAUACCUAUCCAUUUUCCUAGGGUUCCAGUCAUUCAGUCCUGGUUUUUGGGGCCGAGAAUAUGGAUUGAGGGGAAAAGUUCUGGUCAUUGUUGCAUGUUCUCUUCAGUAUAAUGUAUUCCGCUGGCUGGAGAAGACGCCGAUUGCCCUUAUAAAUAGGGGAAAAUGGGAAGAGCCUUGUCAGCUGUUUAUCUCAACAGAGGAUCCUAUAGGUAGAGUAUUUGUUUCCGAUGAUGAAAAUAAACCACAAAAUAUUUCUAUUUUACCAUCCGAAAAAGGAAAGAGCAUCACAAGGAAGAACUCUUUACCAAAUAUAGGCUCUAGUACUUCUUCUCAGGGAUUAAGUUCUUUAACCUCUGAAGCUGGAGCCUCAUCAGACACUAGGAAGAACAGGCGAUUUAGAUUCAUGUGGGGUAGUUUUAAUGAAAGCCACAAGUGGAACAAAAAACGAAUUUUUGCUUUGAGAAGUGAGAGAUUUGAAAUGCAGAUUACAACCAUGAAAGUUUAUUUGAAGUUUUGGAUGGAGAAUAUGUUCAAUCUUUUUGGCCUUGAAGUGAACAUGAUCACCUUACUUCUUGCGAGCUUUGCGGUUUUGAAUGCGGUCUCUAUGCUUUAUAUUGCAUCCCUUGCUGCUUGUAUACUUCUUGAACGCCGCGUAAUUCGAAAAUUCUGGUCUGUAUUUGUAUUCUGUUUUGCUUCUGUUCUAACUGUAGAGUACUUGGUCAUAUGGACGAAGCAGACACCUUGGAUACAACAAUUCCCUGGUGAAGAAAAAAUAAAUUGCCACGAGUGUUGGAGACUGACGAAUCAGUAUUUCGACUAUUGCAGAAAUUGUUGGCUUGGAAUUAUUAUUGAUGAUUACCGAAUGCUUGUCAGCUAUUAUGUGGUUUUCAUGCUAGCUUGCCUCAAACUUCGUGCCGAUCAUCUGGUCAGUUUAUCUGGGUCUCACACAUACUGUCAAAUGAUGUCUCAGCGAAAAAAUGCAUCAGUUUGGAGGGAUCUAUCAUUUGAAACUAAGGGCAUGUGGACUUUUAUCGACUACCUGAGACUUUACUGUUACUGUCAUUUACUGGAUAUUGUUCUCGCGUUGAUUCUUAUUACUGGAACACUCGAGUAUGAUAUUUUGCACCUUGGUUACCUCGGCUUCGCUCUGGUUUUCUUCCGGUUGAGGCUUGAAAUUUUGAAAAAGAAGAACAGCAUAUUCAAGUUUUUGCGCAUCUAUAACUUUUCCCUCAUUAUUCUCACUCUCAUCUAUCAAUCUCCUUUCUUAGGAGGUUUCAAUGAAGGGAAGUGUGGAACGAUGGACUACAUAUAUGAAAUGGUUGGGUUUUAUAAAUAUGACUAUGGGUUCCGGAUUACUUCGAGAUCUGCACUUGUAGAGAUUGUCAUAUUUAUGCUAGUUGGACUUCAAUCUUACAUGUUUGCCUCCAAAGAAUUUGAUCAUGUGUGCAGAUAUCUUGAGGCAGAGCAAAUUGGUGCCAUUGUGCGGGAACAAGAGAAGAAAGCUGCAUGGAAGACCGAACAAUUGCAGCAUAUUCGUGAAUCGGAAGAGCAAAAACGUCAGCGUAACUCGCAAGUGGAGAAGAUGAAAUCAGAGAUGCUAAACCUACAACUUCAGCUUCACAACAUGAACACAACUACAAACCAUGGAAGCCCUACUCUUGAAGUUGAAGGUGUCAGAAGAAGAAAAAAUUCUCCUAUUCCAAAUGUUGAUACGUAUACCAAUAUGUCAGAUAAAGAGGGUGAUAGUGUUGUCAGGAUUUUGAACUCAAAAACUAAUGCAGAAGUAGAUCCUCUACUUCCAUUAGAAUUACACGGAUCUCCUAAAAUAAAUCAAUCUCCAGUUGAUUCUCCUAUUCACGAGAUUCUUGAAAUGCCUGAGAUUGUGGAACUUAAUGAGAAACCUGCCAAAAACUCAUUUUCUGAUUUGGCCAGGAAAGAGAAAGAAAGUAGGCAAUCCAAGGAACACCCAUUAAUAUCUGCAGUGCAGCUUAUUGGUGAUGGUGUAUCUCAGGUACAAACUCUUGGAAAUCAGGCAGUUUCCAAUCUUGUGACCUUCUUAAACAUAUCCCCUGAAGAGUCGGAUAUGAAUGAGCAAUCCUCUCCAGAUGAUGACGAGAGUCAAAAAACAAGAUUUGCUCAUCUUGACCGAGCUGUUUCUCUGCAUUCUGAUGAUGGUGACAGAACCAUGUCGGAAGCUGUAAGCCGUCAAAUUGGAAGGAUAUUCUGUUACGUAUGGGCCAAGAUGCGCUCCAAUAAUGAUGCUGUAUGUUACGGCUGCUUCAUUCUUGUGUUCCUAUGGAACUUCAGUUUACUUUCAAUGGUGUACCUUGCAGCUCUGUUCUUAUACGCACUCUGUGUUCAUACUGGGCCAAGCUACAUGUUCUGGGUUAUUAUGCUGAUCUACACAGAAAUAUACAUUCUGCUCCAAUACCUGUAUCAAAUUAUCAUCCAACACUGUGGGGUGAGGAUCACCUGGAGCCUACUGCCAGGUUUAGGGUUUCCUCCCGCUCCAAUCACAGCUUCUUUUGUUAUCAGCACAUUGCCUCUCUUUCUAGUAUAUCUAUUUACUCUUUUGCAGAGCUCCAUAACUGCAAAAGAUGGUGAAUUGGUUUCUCUUACCGAAUAUACGAUUUUCAAGAGAAGAAUGUUCCAUGCAGAAGAGGUACUCGUCAAUUACAGUUUGAAGGAGAGGGCGCAGAGAAUGAUUUCAGUGGUAACAAGUUUCUUGAAGAUGGUUACUACAAGCAUUUGUAGGUACUGGAAAUCACUGACCCAGGGAGCAGAAUCUCCACCGUACUUCGUACAGCUCACAAUGGAUGUUAAUAUGUGGCCAGAGGAUGGGAUUCAACCAGAGAGAAUAGAAUCUCGAAUAAAUAAGUUACUUUCAAUCGUUCAUGGCGAGAGGUGCAAGGAAGACAAUCCUAAUAUGUGUCACUCUGCUAGUCGAGUUCGCAUCCAGAGUAUCGAAAAGAGUCAAGAGAGCCCAAAAUUAGCCUUAGCUGUCUUUGAGGUAGUAUAUGCUUCAAGUUCGGAACAGUGCAUGCCAACGGAACGGUAUAUGUCACUGACUCCAGCUGCUGAUGUAGCGAAGGAGAUUGCAAAAGCACAACAGUCGGGGCUUGUUGAAGAGAUGGGAUUCCCUUAUCCCAUAAAUUCAGUGGUUGGAGGAGGCAAAAGAGAAGUUGAUCUCUACGCUUAUGUAUUUGGUACAGAUUUAGCUGUGUUCUUUCUGGUUAUGAUGUUUUACCAGUCCGUGAUAAAAAAUAACAGCGAAUUUCUCGACGUUUAUCAGCUUGAAGAUCAAUUCCCUAAGGAGUUUGUGUUUAUCUUGAUGGUAAUCUUUUUCUUGAUUGUGCUUGAUCGGAUUAUAUACCUGUGUUCAUUCCCUACAGGAAAAGUUGUAUACUAUAUCUGUAGUAUUAUCCUCUUUACGUACUCGGUUACUGUAUAUGCUUGGAACAUGGAUCCUUUACACCGACGAGCAGGAGGACUAGCACUUCGUGCUAUCUAUCUUAUGAAGGCAGCUUCCCUGGUCCUGCAGGCCAUCCAAAUACGAUAUGGAAUUCCUCAUCAAAGUACUCUAUAUCAGCAGUUUUUGACGAGUGAUGUUUCACGGCUAAACUAUUUAGGGUUUCGCGUGUAUCGUGUUGUUCCAUUCCUUUAUGAGUUGCGAUGCGUUCUUGAUUGGUCUUGCACUACCACAUCUCUAACCAUGUAUGACUGGCUUAAGUUGGAAGAUAUUUAUUCAAGCUUGUAUCUUGUCAAAUGCGAUGCCAAGUUAAAUAGAGCUAAUCAUCAACAAGGACAGAAGCAAACGAAAAUGACGAAGUUUUGCGGUGGAAUCUGUCUUUUCUUUGUAUUGAUUUGUGUUAUUUGGGCACCUAUGUUGAUGUACAGCAGUGGAAACCCCACAAACAUUGCAAAUCCUAUCAAAGAAGCAGCGGUUCAGAUUGAUAUUAAGACAGCAGGUGGUAGGCUGACCGUAUAUCAGACGACUUUGUGCGAAAAGUUUCCAUGGGAAACCCUUGAUGCAUCUGUUGUUAUUAAUCUGGACCCACUAGCUUAUCUUGCUUCAUAUAAUGUGAAAGACAUCCAACUGAUCUGCUGCCAAUCAGAUGCAAGCUCCAUGUGGCUUCUUCCACCAACAGUUCAGUCUAGGUUCUCCCAAUCCCUGGUUUUGGACAUGAACAUUGUCUUUUCUUGGGUAUUUACUAGGGAGAGGCCGAAAGGGAAGGAGGUUGUGAAGUACGAUAGUCUCCCUAAGCUUCCCCCAUCUCCAGCUGCAGUUCAAAAAGUGCUUAAUGGUACAACAAACAGUUUCAACAUGUCGCUUGUUUAUCCAAGAUUCUUUCGAUUGACGGGGUCUGGCGAUGUGCGGGUCCUUGAACAAGUGGACCCAUCCAGUUAUGUCAAUGGUACUGCUGUUUUGAACAAUGGAAGUGUUCCCUGGUGGUCCUUCCAUGAUACAGAUGCAAGAGAUAAACGUUCCUGUGGAGGUUUGACAGGAGCCAUGGCUAUAAUUGUAUCCGAGGAAACACCGCAGGGUAUUCUUGGUGAAACUCUCAGCAAGUUUAGCAUCUGGAGUCUCUACAUUACAUUUGUCCUAGCAGUUGGUCGGUUCAUAAGACUUCAAUGUUCUGACCUGAGAAUGAGAAUACCGUAUGAAAAUCUUCCUUCUUGCGACAGGUUGAUAGCCAUAUGUGAGGACAUAUAUGCUGCAAGAGCGGAGGGUGAGCUCGAAGUUGAAGAGGUCCUUUACUGGACACUGGUGAAGAUAUAUCGGUCCCCCCACAUGCUUCUUGAGUACACGAAACUUGAAUAGGUUCUUCAUGGCCCUAGCAGCUUCUGGGGGAAAAUACUAACAAUAGUUUUUACCUAAAAUGAGGCACAUGCUUUCAAGCUUUUGGGUUCCUACACACAGAUCAACCUUCUUUUGCUGGUUGGAUUCAUAGUGAAUUUUGACGGAGGGUCAUUGUAUUUGACACCUACAGUGUCCAUUGUGAAAUUAGCCUCGGUGAAUCUAAACAUAGUUUGAAGGGGAAUCCUCACAUCAGCGGCGUCCAUUGUGCAGAAAGCCUCAUCUGCAGAUUUGUGAAUGUUGUAUAUAUCAAAGAACCACCCUAAUAGAGGAAGGUUUUCAGUGUAGGGUUAUAAGGUUCUUGUGAGCGUGAUUGUUUAUAAAAUUUCCAAGUUUCAAUAGAGGACGGCAGAACAGUUUCAUCAUCAUAUAUUCUUUUGUAACAAAUAGAUGGAAAUGUGAAAAAUGUACAAGUGAUCAGUGCACAGUUUAAGUAUCUUAAAAUUUUCAUGUGCA